AUGAAGAAAAAAACAAUAAAACCCCAUAAAAUAAACCAAAAAGUGAGUUUUUCAAACUGUCCCUUUAAUUCUAAUAAAAAAAUUUUUUUUUUCAGAAAAAGCUCGGAAAAUUCAAUCUGAAAACACAGCUGCUACGAACACCCAACCAAAAAACUUCAACCACAACUUCGAAACAGUCACGAAUACUUCUACCGACAAAAAACACAACACAACGCGAGACAAGAUUGCGAGAAGAAUUCCCCGAAAAUGGGGCCGAGCAGAAAAAUUGGAAAAAAAAUCAAGAAAAAAACAAUAAAACCCUCAAAAAAUCAAUAAAAGUAAGUAUUUUGAAUUUUUUUCUCUCUAAUUCUAAUUUUAAAAAUUUUUCAGAAAAAAAGCAAAAAAUUGAAAGAAAAUGAAGAAAAAAACAAUAAAAUCCCAGAAAAUCAACCAAAAAGUGAGUUUGUCACACUGUCCCUUUAAUUCUAAUGAAAAUUAUUUUUUUUUCAGAAAAAAGCUCGGAAAAUUCAAUCUGA